UAUAACAAAUUAAAAUACAUGGAAAGCUAUAAAAAAUUCUGGAAAGAUCAUUUGGAUGCACAUAACAAGAUGAGGACAGAUCCGAAAAGUUUCAUCCCCGUGCUUGAAGAGAGGUUGGGCAAUAUGAAAGGAAAGACCUUGGUUAGGAAGGGAAAACCUGAUCUGAUGACAAAGGAAGGAGCCAAAGCUAUUAAAGAAGCUAUCAGCUUCCUUAAAAAACAAAAAACCUUAGGCAAGCUUAAGUUAUCAAAGGAGCUGUGCUACGCAGCUCAGGAUCACGCACAAGAUAGUGGAGACAACGAUAUGAGAGGGCAUAAUGGAAGUGAUGGAUGCACACUUACGGAUAGAGUCAAAAGGUACUGCAAGGUCUCAGGCUGCAUUGGCGAGAAUAUCAGCUACAGAGUUGGCAAUGGAAUGGAAACAGUUCUCAGACUCGUAGUUGAUGAUGGCGUCACGUCAAGAGGACAUCGAAAUAAUAUUUUUAACUCCUCCUUUGAGUUAAUUGGAGUCGGUCUCUAUAAGCACCCAACUUGGGAUAACCUGGUGGUAUUAGAUUAUGGAGCUGGCCUUACUCCUCUAGGCGAUAAGGGUAAGAAAUUGCCAAGCAAAUCCUAUAAGACUUAUAAACCAGUAGAAGAAGAAUCGAAGGUUGUUCCUGAUUCUGAUGAUGUCAAACUUGAGGAUUGCCCUAAAUAUUUUCAAAAAUUUAUUAUUUCUAAGAAGCUUAAGGACGGAGAAUACAAGAUCAAAGUCGAAGACGGCAAAUAUUACUUGGUUACAUUAAGCAAAGUACCCAGAUUUAUGCCAAAAUCUGUUGCUAAGAGUUCUCCAAAAUCUAUCAGAAAGACUUCAAAAUCCCCUACCAGAGUAGCUCUGGGAGGAGGAACGCCUACAAACUACAAAUCCAAGACAAUAAACACCAAAAUCACAACAUGUGGGAGCCAAAAGACCACUAAAACAACCACUACUUACACAUUCUGGGACGGCUCUUCCAGAACAGUGACCCAUAAAGUAACCAAGGCUGCAUAAUUAUCCCUCAUAAUAAUUCUACUAAAAUCGUA